AUGGCGGCUAAGCUUCGAUUUAAUUGCACGAACAAUAUGGCCGAAUAUAAAUCUUGUAUUCUUGGUUUGAAAAUGGCCAUCGACAUGAAUGUCUAUGAGUUGUUUGUUAUUAGAUAUUCAGACCUUUUGAUUUAUCAAGUUCAAGGAAAAUGGGCUGUGAAUAACCCAAAAAUUAUACCUUACGUACAGUAUGUGCAGAAGUUGUGCAAAAGAUUUCGUAAGAUCGAGUUUAGACAUACUCCCAGAAUACAGAAUGAAUUGGCCGAUGCUCUUUCCACCAUCACUUCGAUGAUUAAACAUCCGGAUACAGAUUAUAUUGAUCGUGUGGAUGUAGAGUUUAAAGAAUAUCCAGUUCAUUAUUUCCAUGUUGAAGCAGAAUCAAACGGUUUGCUUUUGCAUAUUGAUAUAAAGAAGUAUUUGGAGUCUGGAACUUAUCCCAAAGAUGAUACGUCCAAUCAGAAGAAGUCGAUACGUCGUAUAGCUCUCAAUUUCUCUCUAAGUGGAGAAGUCCUUUAUAGGAGGACUCCAGACUUAGGUCUUCUCAGAUGUGUUGACGUCGUCGAAGCUCCGAAGCUUAUUGAACAGAUACAUGCCAGAGUUUGUGGCAGGCAUAUGAAUGGGCUCACUUUGGCAAGAAAGGUCCUUCGAGCCGGGUAUUUCUUGAUGACUAUGGAGAAUCAUUGUUGCAAGUUUGUGCGAAAAUUCCAUAAAUAUCAAGUGCACGGUGAUUUGAUACGAGUGCCACCUCACGAACUUAAUGCUAUGAGGUCACCUUGUCCAUUUGUAGCUUGGGGUAUGGAUGUCAUCGGUCCGAUAGAGACAGCCGCUUCAAAUGGACACAUAUUCAUUUUAGUUGCUAUUGACUAUUCCACCAAGUUCGGAUUACCGGAAUCGAUCAUUACUGAUAAUGGUGCAAAUUUAAACAGUCACUUGAUGAGAAAUAUAUGUGAGCAAUUCAACAUUACUCACCGAAACUCAACUGCUUAUCUCCCUCAAAUGAACGGAGUUGCGGAGGCCGCCAACAAUAAUAUCAAGAAGAUUGUGAGGAAGAUGAUUGAGAAUCACCGAGGUUGGCAUGAGAUGUUUCCAUAUGCUUUAUUGGGUUAUCGAACGACCGUCAGAACAUCGACUGGAGCUACUCCGUACUUGCUAGUGUAUGGGACAAAAGCAGUUAUACCCGCCGAAGUUGAAAUACCGUCCUUGAGAAUCAUCCAAAAAGCUGAGUUGAGUAAUGCUAAAUGGUUUAGCAAGCAAAUUGAUCAGUUGACCUUGAUCGAUGAGAAGAUAAUGGUCAACGACCUUGAGAAUAUGACGAGCAUCUGGGGUCUUCCUUCCCCCAUAUGA